ACAGGAGGGCGCAUCGUUGACUUAAAGUUUUAUUGAAGCCAUAAGGAGGUUUAGAAUUAAAAUAAAAAGAAGAAGGAGGAGGAAGAGGAGGAAGAGGAGGCGGUUUAGACUGCGGGGACGGUACUAGCAGGUUUAAAGAAGCUAAAGUUAUGUGGCUAACAGCCUCCUCUCGGUCAUGUUUGGUCUUCUAGCCUCCCCCAGAGCUUCCUCUUCGGUCCUCGUUUUCCUCCGGACAUUCCCACAGAGAUAUGUGUCCCACAGCAGCAGCUCGGAGGAGGCUCUCCGCAGAUUUAUCCGUGAAAACACGGAGAUUUCCGGGCAGCAGAGCCUGACCCCCGAGCUCAGACUGAGGCUGUUCACUCCGAGCUGCAGCUUCUGGACGGAGAGAGCCGAGCUGUGGCCCUACGAGGACCCGUACUGGGCCAUCUACUGGCCCGGGGGACAGGCGCUGUCCCGGUUCCUCCUGGAUAACCCUGCUGUGUGUCGGGGUCAGAAGGUUCUGGAUCUGGGCAGCGGUUGUGGAGCUUCCGCCAUCGCUGCUACGCUCUGUGGUGCUGCUCAUGUGGUGGCUAAUGACAUCGACUCUCUUGCAGCCGUAGCGACACACAUGAACAGUGAGCUGAACGGCGUUCCGCCCCCCGUGUGUCUCACCAACAACAUGAUCGGCUCACCGCCCGCCGCCUUCGACCUGAUCCUGCUGGGCGACAUGUUCUACGACGAGUCCCUCACCACCAGCCUGCACGCCUGGUUGGACCGCUGCAUGAAAACUCACGGCACCAAAGUCCUGAUCGGAGAUCCGGGAAGAGCUCAGUUUGAGGAGCACGGCAUCCGGCGUCUCUUGAGACCGCUGGCUCAGUUUGAGCUGCCUGAGAGCGUGAGAGAGGAGAACUACGGUCUGAGCUGUAGCGGCGUGUGGAGCUACACGCCAGAGCUCUGACAACACGAGAACAUUUAUCUGAUCAACUAUGACAGUUCAGAUGAAUACAAGUGUCAUCGGUUUACUCAGUCACAUGGCGAAUACGUCUGAAUGGAGGCCUCCACAUGGUGCCCACACCUCACUCUAGGUGGCGAUAAUGCUCUGUUUGCUAACACAUCAUGAGACACAGAUGCCCCUCUACAAUGUGGCGCCCACAUGAUGCGAGAGGCCCCUGAUAUCUGGACCAGCCCCAUGGGUCUUGGACACCCAGAAUCCAUUUUAUUAUCUAAAAAACUUCAUCACAGAUAAGCCGUUUCUGUCUCUGAGCCAACAGAUGAAUACACACUUUUAUAGCAGGCUAGACCAGUGGUUCUCGAACGGUGUGGCAAGGCACACCGGUGCACCUUAGAGAUGUGCCGCAGGAAUGUCUACAACCAUAUUUCAUACUACAAAAAUACAACAACUAAAGAUACUGUAAUGUGUCUUAGAGAAUAUUUUCAAUAGAUAUGAUCUGAGGUGUGCCUUGGGCAAAUAAAGUUUGAAAAACACUGAACUAGAUGACGGCAGCGCUCUCCUGUCUGUCUAAAGUCCAUACAUUGGUGAGUUUCCGUGUAAAUUUUAAAGUUCUUUGAUUAGUUUAUAAAGCUCUACAUGGCCUCCCACCAGAGUAUCUUUCAGAGAUGGUUUAAGUCUAUGACCCCAGGACGGCCCCUCAGAUCCUCUGGUUUUAGUCUGUGACCCAGGACAGAACCUUGUGACAUCAUAUUACAGUUUUUCUCAGUCGCUUUGGUACAUUUCUCAGAUCACAAUUGAAAUUCUCAAAACUACUUGUUCAAUCUUCACAUCAUUGUGUCACUUGUGCACAUCAAAAAAGCAGUUUCUCAUUUCUUUGAUCAAGUUGCAAAUGCUUUGGUACAUCCAUGCAAAUGAUUCUGUACAAUCCUCUGCGGUUUCCUACAUUAUCAUUUGCUUCUGUCAUGUUGAUCAAAAUGUAUUAUAAAGGGUCUCUGUUGAAUAGUCUCACCCCCCCACAACAUUUAGGCAUUAGUUCAUCGCAUACGUCUUUACAUGCAAAAUGGUUGAACAUCCUGUCAUAAUAUGUCAAGCGUAUUUCUAUACAUUUCCGUUAGACUUCUUUUUUCCUAAAUCUGUCCUGAAUUGGUACAUCACUCCCAGGUGAAUCUUGACUUUCUCUAAGAAGGGAGAUGUGUGAAGCAUUAGAUCAACCAAUGAUCAAGGAAUUUGAUUGAGGAGAAUUUGAUGAUUGAGGAAUUUUCUCAGCAUGGAGAUAAAAAUAUAUGAUCGCCAGCCACACACACAGAUGACCCUUCUGGCUGCCAUGGAUGCUGUGUGUGAUGACAUCACAGCAGAUACCUGCAGAGGCUGGAUAAGACACUCUCAAAGACUUUCCAUGCUGCGUCACAAGAGAAGAUACUCGUUGUGAUGAGGAUGAGAAUUUGUGGCCCAACAGACAGGAACAUCAGGAGGUGUUGGAAGACUGCACUGUAAUUCCUACAGCACUGCAUGUACAGUUUUCCCUGAGAAGAUUGUCCUUUGUUCACAUUUCUACUUUUGUUUUUUCUUUGUUUUUUUUUUCUUUGUGAUAUGCAGUGCUCUUCUCCUUUCUGUAUCGCAAUGACAUGGUCUGUCAACAAAUUACAGUACCAACAGUAAAAGCGUAAAUGUGAAUCUUGUCCAGUCUCUUGCAAUCAAUCUCCCACAUACACUAAGGUGUAACUUUCAAUUUGCAAUAAUUGU